ACAUAAAAACGAAGGGGAAAGACGCCUCCCUUAAACCUCACUUGAACCUCUGAAGCCCCUGUUAUUACUCCGUGCUUUCUUCCGCCGUCUCCGUGAACGCAGGCCAUUCAAAGUUCUUAACUCGACCUUGCUGUUGUAUAGUCUUCUUUAACGCCAUCACGGAUCAAUCAUGAAUCCAACGGCCGAGGUUGCAACGGAGGCCGUAAAAGCAGUUUGGUUCAGUCUUUUGACAGAUGAAGAAGUUCGAAAGCAUAGUUUUCUUAAGAUCACAGAACCCCAAUUAUUGGACCAGCUUGAUAGACCCUUGCCUGGUGGAUUGUAUGAUCCUGCUUUGGGCCCUUUAGAUGAGACUUCACCUUGCAAAACUUGUGGCCAACGUCAAUUUAACUGCCCGGGUCAUUUUGGUCAUAUUGACCUUGUUUUUCCAGUUUAUAAUCCCUUGCUGUUCAAUUUUCUUUAUAACCUUCUACAGAGGACCUGUUUCUUUUGCCAUCAUUUUAGGGCUGGCAGGAGUGAGGUUGAGAAAUGUGUUUCUCAAUUGGAAUUCAUCAUAAAAGGAGAUAUUGUUGCUGCCAAAAGGUUGGAGUCACUAAAUGAAUCCUUGAAUCCAGAGGACAGUGAUGGGAGCCAUAAAUCAUGUUCUUCUGUUAACUCUGCUGUACAAUGUGACAAUGUCAACAAUUUAAAGCAGCAAAUAUGGACAUCACUUCAGUCUUCCGAGGCAAAGUCGGUUUUACAAGAUUUUCUAAAUAUUAAACCCACAAAGUGUCGGAAUUGCAAAGCAAAAAAUCCUUCUAUCAGCAAGCCUACUUUUGGAUGGAUUCACAUGAGUGGUAUGUCACGUGCCCAUAUCAGAGAAAAUAUUAUUAGAGGCCGCACAAUAGGAGAGUCAUUUGCUGGUGAGACAGAACCUGAUGGAGACGACUCUAGUGAUGUUGAUACCGCUGAAACACCUGCAUUUGGUGAUACAGCUGGAAGAAGGUAUCAGAAAGAUUCUGGAAAAAUGCCUUAUGAGCUCAAAAACCAAAAGGAUUCAUUUUCUGGACCUUUAUUGCCAUCAGAGGCUAAAAAUAUUGUGAAGAAUUUGUGGGAGAAUGAGGUUGAACUUUGUUCAUUCAUCACUGAUAUGCAGCAGCAAGGAUUUGGAAAGAAAGCAGGUCACUGUAUAUUCUUCUUAGAGACCAUUCUUGUACCUCCAAUAAAAUUCCGCCUCCCUUCUAAGGGGGGUGAUUCUGUGAUGGAGCAUCCACAAACUGUAUUGCUGAGUAAGGUUAUGCAAUGCAAUAUAUAUUUGGGAAAUGCUUAUGUUAACAAGUCAGAACACUCAAAAAUAAUUGCUCGGUGGAUGGAUCUUCAGCAAUCCAUAAAUGUGUUUUUUGAUGGCAAAACUGCCACAGGUCAAGGUCAAAGAGAUUUAGCUUCAGGAAUAUGCCAGUUGUUAGAAAAAAAGGAAGGCUUAUUCCGUCAGAAGUUGAUGGGAAAGAGGGUUAACUUUGCGUGCCGGUCUGUCAUUUCUCCUGAUCCUUAUUUAGCUGUGAAUGAGAUUGGAAUUCCUCCAUAUUUUGCGCUAAGGCUAACCUAUCCAGAGAGGGUGACCCCUUGGAAUGUUGUAAAGUUGAGGGAUGCAAUUAUCAAUGGUUCUGAGAAUCAUCCUGGGGCAACACACUAUGUUGACAAGUUCAAUACUAUGAGAUUGCCACCAAACAGAAAACAGCGUGUUUCCAUCUCAAGAAAGCUUCCUUCAUCAAGAGGUUCUUUUGUGCAACCUGGCAUGGACUCUGAAUAUGAAUUUGAAGGUAAAACAGUAUAUCGACACUUGCAAGAUGGGGAUGUUGUGCUUGUCAAUCGACAGCCUACACUUCACAAACCCAGUAUAAUGGCUCACGUUGUUCGGGUGCUCAAGGGGGAGAAGACACUUCGUAUGCACUAUGCAAAUUGCAGCACUUAUAAUGCUGAUUUUGAUGGUGAUGAAAUGAAUGUUCAUUUUCCUCAAGAUGAAAUAUCUCGUGCUGAAGCUUAUAACAUUGUCAAUGCAAAUAAUCAAUAUGUUAGACCUUCCAAUGGUGAUCCUCUUAGAUCCUUGAUUCAGGAUCAUAUUGUUAGUGCAGUUCUCCUUACAAAAAAGGAUACCUUUUUAAAUUUUGACGAGUUUAAUCAGCUUCUGUAUAGUUCUGGUGUGCUUAGUAGUGGGCUGGGUUCUUUUUCUGGCAAGCCGGGCCAGAAAGUUUCCAUGUCAAGUUCAGAAGAAGAAGUGCUGCCCCUUCAGCCCACAAUAUGGAAGCCAGAGCCCCUUUGGACAGGAAAGCAGAUCAUUACUGCUGUGCUAAAUCAUAUUACAAAGGGGCACCCCCCAUUUACUGUUCAACGAGAUGGGAAAAUCCCACAAGAUUUUUUCAAGACUAGACCUAAUGAAGGUCAAUUUAGUGACAAAGAGGGGAAUGACGGAGGCAAAUUGAGCACAAAGAAUAAGAUGUCUAAAGCUAAACAAAAUAAAGAAAGAGAGGUUGGUGGAAAUAAACCUAUUGAUAUUAAAGAGGCUGCCAAGAAUAUAUCAAAGCGAAAUGAGCUUAAUGAAGAAAAACUUUUAAUCUAUAAAAACGACUUUGUACGUGGUGUGAUUGACAAGGCCCAAUUUGCCGACUUUGGUUUGGUUCAUACAGUGCAGGAGCUGUAUGGAUCAAAUACAGCAGGCAUUUUGCUUUCAGCAUUGAGCCGUAUAUUCACUGUUUUUCUGCAGCUGCAUGGCUUUACAUGUGGAGUAAAUGAUCUUUUGAUAAGGAAUGAAAAAGACAGAGAAAGGAAGAAGCAACUUGAGGAGUGUGAAAAAAUAGGCAAAGAAAUUCAUCUGAAAGCUCUUCAGCAUGAGGAUGAUGCUGAUGUCAAGGAUGUUAUUGAAGUUAAGGACAGUGAUGAAAUUGACCCUAGAAAAUUGAUAUUGAAAAUAGAAAAGACUAUACGUAGUGGUGGAGAAGCUGCUAUAGCUUAUUUUGAUAGGCAGAUGACAGGUGCACUCAAUAAGUGCACAAGCUCUGGUGUCAUCAAUGAGCUUUUGUCUGAAGGAUUAGUAAAACCUACUGGAAAGAAUUGCAUAUCCCUUAUGACAACGUCCGGGGCUAAAGGUAGUAAGGUUAAUUUUCAGCAAAUAUCUUCUCAUUUGGGUCAACAAGAAUUAGAAGGCAAACGAGUCCCUCGAAUGGUUUCUGGAAAGACUUUACCCAGCUUUCAUCCAUGGGAUUGGACACCUCGAGCAGGGGGCUUUAUUAUUGAUCGAUUUCUUACUGGUCUUCGUCCGCAAGAAUAUUACUUCCAUUGUAUGGCUGGUCGUGAAGGGUUGGUUGAUACUGCAGUCAAAACAUCUCGCAGUGGAUACCUGCAAAGAUGCCUAAUAAAAAAUCUUGAGUCCCUGAAAAUUUCUUAUGAUCAUACUGUUCGUGAUGCUGAUGGUUCCGUUAUUCAAUUUCUAUAUGGAGAAGAUGGUGUGGAUGUCCAUCAAACAAGCUUUAUCACAAAAUUUGAAGCCCUAGCAGCGAAUCAAGAAAUGAUUUACAAAAAGUGUGGUGAUCAGCUUGAUUCAUCCAAUGGUUAUAUUAUGGAUUUGCCGGAUGCUCUUAAGGACAAAGCAGAGAAGUUUGUUGAUGAACACCCAUUGAAAGAACGGAUCUUCUCUAAUUUAAUGAAACAACAGGACUUCUUGAAAUUACUGAAGCACAAGUUCAUCUUAAGUCUUGCCCAGCCAGGAGAACCUGUUGGCCUGCUGGCUUCUCAAUCUGUGGGAGAACCUUCUACACAGAUGACGUUGAAUACUUUUCAUCUUGCUGGGCGAGGUGAAAUGAAUGUCACGCUUGGAAUUCCACGUCUACAAGAAAUCUUGACAAUUGCUUCAAAGGAUAUUAAGACUCCAGUGAUGACAUGCCCCUUGCGUGUUGAGAAGACACAGGAUGAUGCCAAACGUCUUGCUGACAAGUUGAAGAAAAUAACAGUGGCUGAUAUAGUUGACAGUAUGGAAGUAUCUGUCAUGCCAUUUGCUGUCCAUGAUGACCAGACAUGUAGUAUUUACAAGCUCAAAAUGAAGCUUUACAAACCUAAACACUAUCCAAAGCACGCCAAUAUCUCUGUGAAAGACUGGGAAGAAAUUUUAGAGGUUGUGUAUGUCAGGGAGUUGGAGGAUGCAAUACAGAAUCAUAUGGUUUUGCUCUCCAAAAUUAGUGGCAUCAAAGAUUUCUCCUCAGGUUUGCCACCGAGGGCUUCAAAUGAGGAUGGAGAAGUUUCUGUCAGCAGAUCACAAAAUAAGGGAGAAAAUGAUGAUGAUGUAGAUGAUGAGGAUGGCGUAGAGACUGAGGACCUUGGGUUGGAUGCACAAAAGCAAAAGCAGCAGGCUACAGAUGAGAGAGAUUAUGAGGAUGAUUCUGAAGAGGAACUGAAUGAAGGGUCAUCAGCUGGAUUUGGAAGUGAAAUUGAUCAGGCAGAGAAUGAUGAUGAACAUGAUGAGAGUGAAAAGGAGAUUGAAAAUGAUCAGGUGGAAAAUGAAGUUGAAAUUAGUAAGGAUCAAACCUCUGAAAGUCUGUCACACCUUGAAGAAUCCUCUAUAACAAGUCCAAGCAAGAAGACGGCCAAACGAAAGAAGAAAGCCAGGGCAAAAUUAGUGAAAAAGGAAACAGAUAGAUCAAUUUAUGUAGCAGCAAAAGGUUACCACUUUGAGGUUCAUUUUAAAUUUAUAAAUGAACCUCACAUUUUACUGGCUCAGAUUGCUCAGAAUACAGCCAAGAAGGUUGCCAUUCAGAGGUCUGGAAAGAUAGAUCAGUGCAGAGUUAUUAACUGCAAAGAAAAUCAAGUAAUUUAUUAUGGAAAAGAUCCCAAAAAAAGGGUUAAAAUCGAGCCUGAAGAAAAAGAAAAAAUCCCGGCAAUCAGUACUGCAGGAGUGGAUUUCAAUGCAUUAUGGCAGUUGCAAGAUUAUCUUGAUGUCAGGUAUGUAUACUCAAAUAACAUUCAAGCUAUGCUAGAAACAUAUGGAGUUGAAGCGGCCAGAGAAACCAUCAUCAGGGAGAUAAAUCAUGUAUUCAAUUCUUAUGGAAUAUCUGUCAAUACUCGCCACCUAAGUCUUAUUGCUGACUUUAUGACCCAUACGGGUGGAUACCGAUCAAUGAGCCGACUUGGGGGCAUAGCAGAAUCAGUAUCGCCUUUUAGUAAAAUGACUUUUGAGACAGCUUCCAAGUUCAUUGUUGAAGCAGCAUACUAUGGGGAGGUGGACAAGUUAGAAACUCCAUCUGCUAGGAUCUGUCUAGGCUUGCCAGUGAAGGUGGGUACUGGAUCCUUUGAUUUGAUGCAAAAAUUGGAAAUUUGAUGUACUUGCUGUUUUUAAGAUGUGUAAAAAAAUUUUGGUCUAGUGUAUGGGACGAGUGUGUUGUGUCUUCCAAUGCAAGAAAAUUGAUUAAGUUAAGAAGCAAAUCGGGAGUUCUCUUC